AUGGAGCUAGAGGAGGAGCUGAAAAGAAGGGAGCAGGCACCGGAGAUCCAAAGGCAGGAGAGGGCGGAGGAAAGGGCCCUUGCCGCCGCGGUAACUUCGACAGAAGCCGAUUUGAAGGCGGCCGAGAAGAAGAAAAAGAAGGCGGCCAAGUUCGACCCAGGGAAGUACUCGACCCGCUUGAUCGCGCUCAAGUUCGCCUACCUCGGCAAGAACUACAAUGGCUUUGAGUAUCAGUCGUCGGCCAAGAUGCCGAGCAUCGAGGAGGAGCUGUGGAAGGCGCUCGUCAAGAGCUGCCUCAUUUUCCCCGAAAGGCCAGAUGAGGUUGAUUUUGGUCCCUGGGAGUACUCCAAGUGUGGACGCACUGAUAGGGGCGCCGCCGCCGAGGUAGACCACCAAAAGCCCGAAUGGGAUCCCAUCGCCGACGAAAUCCCCUACUGCAGGGUGCUCAACCGGCUGCUGCCCCCGGACAUCAGGAUCAUGGCCUGGGCGCCCGAUCUCCCGCCCAAUUUCUCCGCCCGGUUCUCCUGCCGCGAGCGGCAAUACCGGUACUUCUUCACGCAGCCGGCCUUCGCGCCGAUGCCCUCCACCCUGGAGCCUCCUCUGGCUUCAUCGGGUCAGAAGAGCGGCGGCAAGCAAGGCUGGCUCGACAUCGACAUGAUGCGCAAGGCCGCCAAGAUGUUCGAGGGCGUGCACGACUUCCGCAAUUUCUGCAAGAUUGACCCGGGCAAGCAGAUCACCAACUUCAGCCGGCGCAUCUUCGAGUCCGACAUUGUUGAGGUCAAAGACCUCGAAUCCGAUCUGCCGUACCUGGGCCUGCCGGAAUUCCAGCCUCCCGCCGGCAGCGACGGGUCACAUCCCAAGGUGUACUACUUUCACGUGCGCGGCUCUGCCUUCCUGUGGCAUCAGAUCCGCCACAUGGUCGCCGUCCUCUUUCUCGUAGGCCAGGGCCUCGAGCCGCCGUCGAUCGUCCAGCAGCUCCUCGAUGUGGAGAAGAACCCGCGCAAGCCGAAUUACGUGAUGGCGGAUGAGGUUCCCCUGGUUCUGUGGGACUGCAUUUUUCCCAAGCUGUCUGACGACGAAGCCAACGCUGUUGUUCCUGGCGGCAGCGGCGACGGCAAGGACUCGCACGACCCGGAGGCCGAGGGCGAUGUCGAAAUGGUUGACUCCAUCGACUGGGUCUGGAUGGGCGAGGACGACCCGAUGAGCCUGUACGGUGCACAGGGCCUUGUGACGGAGCUCUGGGGUACCUGGCGCGAGAGGAAGAUGGACGAAAUCUUGGCGAACCGGCUGCUGGAAUUUGUCGCGAUCAAGCCGGAUAUCGAUCGGAAAUUGAUCAAGGGCGCUUCUCCUGCGCCGCCCAAGGGGAUCAAGAAGGUCUACGAGGGAGGAAACAAGGCCCAGUUCAGAGGCACGUAUACGCCACUGUUCAAGAGGCAGUUGUUGGCUUCGGCGGAGGAGGUCAAUGAUAAGUAUGCGCAAGGCUUUGGCUUCAAGAACGCGGAGGAGAUGACGAAGACCAAGAACUGGAGGAGCGCGAUUAGGGAGAGGAAGGACAAGAAUAAGAAGGGUGGACGUUCAAAGGCAGGGGGUGCGGAAACGCCUGUUCAGGAGUCUUCUAGCUGAGCGGCAUUGGGUUCAUGAUAACAGAAAUUUAUCAAAAUUCAAU